GAAAUAUGAAUAUAGCCUACGUGUGUUUUAAAAUUCUUAAAACAAAUAAAUGAUGUCAUAAGUGAUGCAGCACAACCACCAAUAAUUGCAAUCCCUUCCAAAAACAACCACAACAAUAAUAAUACUAAAAAUAAUAGGGAAUAAUAAUAAUAUUGCUAUUUAAUCGCUUGAAUAUGUCAAUAUACAAUAAUAAUAUGCAGUGAAUCCCUUCAGUUAACUUUCUAGCCUACUUUAAACAAUGAUGUUCACAGUCAGACAAAAAAGGGACGAGGGAGGGGGACGGAGAGAGAGAGAAACCAAGAGAAAACAGAAUAUGUGAAACUGACACAGAGAUGCACUUCCUCCUAAAGUGUGAAACAUUCAACGAAAUAAGGAACAUUUACUGUAACAAGUUGAACUCUGUAAUCCCAGAUUUCAACGAGGUUGAUGACCUCUCAAGACUGAAAAUACUCGAAGAAGAAGAAGAAGAAGAAGAAGAAGAAGAAGAAGAAGAAGAAGAAGAAGAAAUGGACCUUUAUUAAUCCCCCGAGGGGGAAAUUCAGUUUCCACUCAGCGUUUUUUAUACAGGAUCCCAAAAAUGGAUUUUACUUUGGAGGAGAUUAACCCGGCGAAUGCACGAGCCCUGCUGGUGGGGUGUGUAACCCUGCUGUUCUCCCUCCACCUGUGGCGCUGGCUCCGGCAGAGCUCGGCCCCUGCCCCCCCCGGCCCUUUCGCCUGGCCGGUCAUCGGGAACGCUCCGCAGCUCGGCAAAGCUCCGCACCUGUACUUUGCGCGCAUGGCGGAGAAAUACGGCAACGUGUUCCAGAUCAAACUGGGUUCUCGCGCGGUGGUGGUGCUGAACGGGGACUCUAUCAGGCAGGCGCUGGUGAAGCAGGGACUCGACUUUGCUGGAAGACCGGACUUCACCUCCUUCCAGUACAUCUCCAACGGGGACAGCCUGGCGUUCGGCACCAUCACGGACUGGUGGAAGGUGCACCGCAGGGUGGCUCAGUCCACCGUGCGCAUGUUCUCCACGGGGAACCCAGACACCAAAAGGACUUUUGAGCACCACGUCCUGUGCGAGUUCAAAGUUCUGCUGCAGCUGUUUGUGAAGAAGACACAGGAGCUGCAGUACUUCCAGACCCUGAACAACCUGGUGGUGUGCACGGCCAACAUCAUGAGCGCGGUGUGCUUCGGGAAGAGGUACUCUCACGAUGACGAGGAGUUCCAGCAGGUGGUGGGCAGGAACGACCAGUUCACCCAGACCGUGGGGGCUGGCAGCAUCGUGGACGUGAUGCCCUGGCUGCAGUACUUCCCCAACCCCAUCAAAACCAUGUUUGAUAACUUCAAGGAGCUCAACCUGGAGUUUAACAGGUUCAUCGGAGACAAAGUAAUCGAGCACCGGAAAACCAUCCAGCCGAGCACCAUCAGGGACAUGACGGAUGCCUUUAUUGUGGCGAUGGAGCAGAUAAGAGAAAAAUCAAGGGUCUUAUCCUGCGGGAAGGACUACGUGCCCUCCACUCUGGGGGAUAUUUUUGGAGCGAGUCAAGACACUUUGUCAACGGCACUGCAGUGGAUCAUCCUCAUUCUGGUCAAGUACCCUGAGAUGCAGAUGCGUCUGCGGCAGGAAGUGGAUCGGGUGGUGGACCGCAGCCGGCUGCCCUCCAUCGAGGACCAGCCCCAGCUGCCCUACGUCAUGGCCUUCAUCUACGAGGUGAUGCGCUUCACCAGCUUCGUGCCGCUCACCAUCCCCCACUCCACCACCACGGACACCUCCAUCAUGGGCUACACCAUACCAAAGAACACCGUGGUCUUCAUCAACCAGUGGUCCAUCAACCACGACCCAGAGCUGUGGUCCAACCCGGAGACCUUUGAACCCCAGCGCUUCCUGAAGGAUGGGGUCCUGAAUAAGGACCUGACCAGCAGCGUGCUCAUCUUUUCGCUGGGGAAGAGGCGGUGCAUCGGAGAGGAGCUGUCCAAGCUGCAGCUCUUCCUCUUCACGGUGCUGAUCUCCCACCAAUGCCACAUCACCGUGGACCCCGCCCGGCCCGUCAAACUGGACUACGACUACGGGCUGACUCUGAAGCCCCACGCCUUCUUCAUAGCUGUGACUCUGAGAGAAGAUAUUACUCUGCUGGAGGCCGCCACCAGGCAUGAACCCACGGGCAAGGCUUAUUCAGACUCCGAAAAAAAAAUAAAAAAAUUGGUUACACCAUGACACAUGUCUAUUAGGCAUCGAGUUAAAAUGUCUUGUAAUCGGCUCAUAGCAUCAGAAUCAUAAUACCUUAUUUACAUGGGGCAAACAGGGAUUUGCAACAGUUGCUCCAUUUUUGAAUAGAAAAUAAAUAAAAUGAUUUAUACAAACAAGAGACUUUAAAGUAAAAACUU